AAGGUUCAGUUUUCUCAACAACCUGAAUUCACUUCACAAACCUUCAGUAUUUCUUGUAGCAUCGUAACUUCUUAUUUCAUCUUCACGAAAGUUAAUUAUAAAUCUUGGCAUUUGAGCCAACAUUGUUUAAAAAUGGAUAUGGUUAUGAAGUUGGGAGCAGCAAGCCCAGUGGUGAUUUUCACCAAGAGUAGUUGUUGCAUUUCUCAUAGCAUCGAUACCUUAAUCCGUAGCUUUGGAGCAAACCCUACAGUUUACGAGCUCGAUACACAUCCAAAUGGGAUGAAAAUGGAGAAGGCAUUGAUUGAACUAGGGUGUCAACCAAGUGUGCCAGCAAUAUUUAUAGGGAAUGAGUUUGUUGGUGGUGCAAAUGAGAUCAUGAGCCUUAAUGUGAGGGGCCAGCUCAAACAAUUGCUCAUAAGGGCUAAUGCCAUUUGGGUUUAGAAAUUAAUAAUUUGU